CAAUUAAAAAAAAACAAUCAAAAGUAAUUUAACAAUGAUCAGGUAGGUACUUUUUGAAGCAUGCUAUACUUAGGGAGAGGUGAAAGCAGCUGUCCAAAUGUUCUCACUUUCAGUUUGAGCAGUUUUAAGCAUGUUACCAGCAGCAGCUAUUUGCAGGAGUAUUGCAGAGAUCAGCAGUUCUCCCUUUCACAGUCGGUAAUUCCAAAGGGUUGUUAGGAAAACACCCCCCAGGAAGUUAAAGAUACACUUGAUAUCUUUGUUUGACUGUUGAGGCUCCUUUGCCCCUGCAGAGCAGGUGACAGCACAUGUGCUAUUGGUGAUAACUGGGCAGCCAGUUUGAGCAAAGGUGAGGUGUGGGGUUGGCCCUGUGGACUCCAGCACGGCCACACAUCUAUUCCACAAGGACUCUGCCUACAGAAAAGACCUGGAGGCAGAAAUAAGGCAUUGGUGCAGAGCUGGCAAAGUAGGUGCUGGAAGAGGUAGGUGAAGGCCUGGAAAUGUUACUGUAUACUUACUUCCUCCCCCCAAAAUACCAGGGUUCUUAUUCAACCUCAAUUAACACGCUCAGCUGGUGAAAAACACUUAGGUAAAGGUUCAUGUGAUUUUUUUCUCCCUUAAUUAUAUAAAGAAUGAUUUCAAAAUGAAGUUAUGCUACAAACUGCUGCUGAAGCAGCACUGCGUGGUGGGUCUCUGACACAUUAAAGAACAACUCACACUCCCAACAGUGCCUGAGAAGUUAAAGCAAAUACAUUCAUAAAAACUAAGAAAGAUAUUUAAGCUGCCCUUUUUGUUAAUUUAGUAGGACUGCUGUCAAAUGAAAUUGUAUAAAUAAUUUUUCUCAUACAGUGUGAGUGAUCUGUAAUGCAGUAGCAAUGUUAGCUACAAGAAAUGGCUGACAGCUUGGAGCUUAUAUGACUGCAGGCAUCGAUGUAGACAGAGCACUGCCCCACACCAGGUCUCUUGCAUUCAUGUUACUGUUCCAGUGAUAUAUCCAUCAGAACGUUAACCUUUCAAAGAGUCUUUCCCCCUGCUUUCAUGUGAAAGCUGGAUUUUGCACUAAUAACAGAAACCACUCUGGAGAGUAAUUUCUUAUGCCAGUUCUGUCUAAACAUCAAUGAUUCUGAUCAUUAACUCAUUCUUUAAAUGUGUUUUCUUACAGUUGUUGUCUCUCUGACUUCCAUGAUGUUGAGAGGAGUUGCUCACAGUGCAAAAGACACAUUCACUCUUCUGUUGACAAGAUCUCAGAGCUGUAACCCGGGACUGAAGUUUUCAUCAGUAUGGCCUGACAUAACAAACAGAAGCUUCCUAAUGCAUUCCAGUUACACAACUGAUACAAAGUCCAGAGAGGAAAAUAAAAAAACCCUUGAGAAUCUCUACAGUUUGUCAGUUGACAUCACGAAGAUACGCAGAGUGAAGGAAUGGGUCCUUCUCCAGGAUGUGGCCUAUGUUAAAGAAAUUGCUGGAAUCUUACAGGAAAUGGGAGCAGAUGAGACCACUGUGGCCAACAUUAUAGAACACUGCCCUGAGGCAAUUCUCCACACCCCAGCAGAGAUAAAUUCUCAAAGAGCUUUAUGGCAAUUAGUAUGCCAGAAUGAAAAACAACUGAUUAAAUUAAUAGAGCAAUUUCCAGAGUCUUUUUUUACUACUGAGUAUCAGGAGAAUCAGAAGGCAAACAUACUGUUUUUUCAAGAACUGGGACUUAAGAAUAAUAUAAUCACCAGGUUCUUAACAAGUGCACCCAAUAUUUUCUAUAACCCUGUUGAGAAAAACAAAAAUGUGAUAGAGACGUUACAAAGAAAUUAUUUAAAUUUAGGGGGUUCUGAAGCAAAUAUGAAGAUCUGGAUACUUAAGCUAUUGAGCCAAAAUCCAUUUAUUUUAUUAAAUACUUCCACCACAAUCCAGGAGAACUUGGAAUUUCUCCAAAAGAAUGAUUUCACUGACCAGGAAGUUCUACAGCUGCUGUCCAAACUUAAAGGCUUCAUUUUUCAACUUAAUUCUACCACUAUGCAGGAGAGUAUACUUUUCUCCAAAAACAUCUUUAAGUGCAGUGAUCAAGAACUGAAACAACUAGUGCUGAAAUGCCCAGCCCUUCUCUACUAUUCUGUUCCAGUUUUGGAAGAAAGACUUGAAGGACUACUGAAGGAAGGAAUAUCUAUAGCACAGAUUAGAGAGACACCAAUGGUGCUGGAGUUGACAACACAAAUUGUUCAGUACCGAAUUAAAAAGCUCUCUGCAUUAGGAUACGAUAUAAAGAGUGGAAAUCUAGAAUGCCUGAAUGGUACUAAAAAAGAUUUUGAAGUCACUUAUGGUAAGAUACAAUCAAAGAAGGAGAGACCAAUUUUUAAUCCUGUUGCUCCUCUACACAUUGAAGAUUAAUUUGAAUGCUGUAAUUCCAAGUUAUGCAAAAGCAAAUUAAAAGGAAGUUGGUUCUUUGAGAAGGGAUGGAACAAAAGUAAUCAGACUGUAGCCUUACACUGUACUUUGUCCAGGAGGGGGUCUUAGGCACAACUUCAUUAUACAAUUGUAAUAUUCUACUGCUUUCAAAUAAUAUAGAAAUUAUGGUUAUUAUAAAGGUUGCUUUUUUUCUAAGAGUA